AUGUCGAAGACAUCAGUCAAAAUUUCAAUGAUUUCGCCUCCUGGUGACGUCGUUGCCCCCGAACGAUUCUCCACCAGCGAUCAACCAAGUGGUGUGCCGCAGGUCUUUCUAGAUGCUAGGCUAGUACGCGUUAAGGUCUUUUGUGACGAGCAGAAAUGCCCACUGGAGGAGGAGAUCGAUGACGACGACCAAAGAUCGUGGCACUGGGUUGCAUACUUACCGGAUUCGUCGGGCACAGAUGUACCUGUCUCUGUGUUGAGAAUGGUUCCAUUUCCACAUGAACCCCAUCCCAACGGCUACUCGGACCCUGAUGAGGAGCCAUAUUUCAAAAUAGGCAGGGUAGCCACCCUGGCAAGUGCCCGUGGCAAGGGAAUCAGUCGAAAACUCAGUGAGGAGGCAUUCGGUUGGCUAGCAACACACCAAAGCGAAUUACCAUCUGGUUGGAAAGGGCUUGUUCUUUCUCAUGCCCAAGUUGAUGUUGAACAGAUGUAUGAAAAACUAGGAUUUGUCACCGAUGUCAAACUGGGACGGUGGGAUGAGGUGGGCAUCGAGCAUCUGGCAAUGUGGAAGCGAUUGCCAACUCUAGAAGCACAUAAUUGA